AACCAAAACACAACAAAAAUGGCGAGGAAUAUCUGGUGUUGCAAACUUCUCCGGGUUCUAUUUUUUACAUUAUUCCUCUCAUUCGCCGCUGAAGCCAGGAAACACAGACUAGAAAUUAUCGAUGACUACCGUCGAUUUAUCCCCCUGAGUACAUUUGGUUUCUACAAAGGUGGCCAGUUGGAAGUGAAAAUAGGAAAUUUCCAUGUCAAUCAGCAGGAUCCCAGCAAGUCUCUGUUCGGCUUCACAUUUGACCGAACUGUGAGUGACGCGAUGAAUCCCUACUUGGAGAACCACUUGGAACGGUGCCCUUUGAGGGAAAGGGAAGGUCCUAGUCAAGACACGGUCACUUUUAUCAUGGACUUCAACUCAAACUUGUUAAGAGUGAAUUGUAGCAGCACUCUGCAGAACAUUCGGAUUUACAAAGACAAGAAAGACAUUCCAGUUAUGAAGGGACAUACAAGCGACUCCACUCUUUUCAACCCAAGAAGCAGGCGGGGCGUAGAUAUUGGAUCUAACAGUACAUCUCAUCCGAUAAAAGUGCCUGCUAGUGCCAGCAGCAGCAACCUGUGCUCAGCUUCAGAAAUUAAAAUUAUGAAAGACCCCAACGGAAACACAUACAAUAUCAACUUCAUCAUCAGCAUUGCCACUGAACAGGAUGAAGGACUCUAUAAUUUCUACUACCACAUGUGUCCAUCAGGUGCAGAGUUUUCUACAGCAAGCAACUUUUUGAUUGACAUUCAAGAAACAAACAGAAACAACUAUCUCUCUGCUGGGGAAAUGCCUCUUCCUGCCCUUUUCUUCAUGAUGUCUCUGCUGUUUUUCCUUUCUGGAAGUUUUUGGGUCUUCAUUCUCAGCAAGAGCAAGCAUCCAGUUUUUAAAAUCCAUUAUCUGAUGGCUGUCCUCGUGUAUUUAAAGUCACUUUCGCUGCUGUUCCACAGCAUCAACUUCCACUUCAUUGAAAUUUCCGGCACCCAUGUUGCAACCUGGGCAGUUCUCUUUUACGUUACUCAUCUGUUGAAAGGCGCCGUUCUUUUUAUAACCAUUAUCUUAAUCGGAACUGGUUGGACAUUCAUCAAACACAUUUUAUCUGACAAGGACAAAAGAAUCUUCAUGAUUGUUAUUCCUCUGCAGGUGUUGGCAAAUAUUGCCGAAAUAAUUAUAGAGGAGUCUGAAGAGGGUGACCUGGAGUAUCACACUUGGAGAGACAUUUUUAUCUUUGUUGACCUUCUGUGCUGUGGAGCAAUCCUGUUCCCUGUUGUUUGGUCUAUUCGACACUUGCAAGAAGCAUCUGAGACAGAUGGAAAGGCCGCCAUUAACUUGCGGAAGCUGAAAGUUUUCCGCCAUUUCUACAUUAUGAUAGUCUGCUAUAUUUAUUUCACUAGGAUAAUUGUGUACCUUCUUAAGAUAACUGUUCCAUUCCAAUACGAGUGGCUGGAUGAGAUGUUUCGAGAAAUGGCUACUUAUGUGUUUUUCGUCCUUACUGGAUACAAAUUCAGGCCAGCGUCAGCAAAUCCUUACUUCCAAGUUCAGUUUGACGAUGAUGAUGAUGAUGAAGAUGUCGAUAUUGUUGUGACGCAGAGUGGUUUGACAGAAGGCCUGAUAAAUCUAUCUAGAAUGAAAGCCCCUUCCUCCGCCAAUGAUUCCGGAGAUGAAGUGGAAAAAGAAGUCCUUCUCUCUAAAAGGGAAAGUAGCCAUGAAUAUGACUGAGUUUAAAUUUACUUGUAGAUAAAUUAAAUUUGAAUAAUAAAUGAUAUCUUGU